UCGUUCGGCGAACAAGAGGACCUCGUUACCGGGUGACAACGGCGAGACAAGAUCAAUACAUUGUCACUACCAGCUUACGCAAUCGACGCCUUACCUCUGUUCAAAUACAAGAACAGCUCAGGGACUUUCACGGAGUGGCUGUAUAUUUAUUACACAUUCUAACAAAAAAACAACAGCACACCAAAUCUCAAAUGAGUACAGUAGCAUCGAAUGUUACAUGGAUGACAUAGUGGACUAUUUCGAAGAGUUCAUCAAAAAGUCCCUGGUCGUCAUUUCUCUGGGACUAGGGACGCUUAUCUUGAUGAUCAUGUACGUGUUCAAAAUGUUAGCCGAUAGACCAAACGGUCCACGCACCCUCUGCAAUGCAGAUCCCGAACUCAACCGGAGCAAAGCUUCUGUCUUAUCUGAAGGCAAGCGUUCUCACACGCGUUGCAGAUCCUGCAAUUCAAUUAAUUCAGAACCGAAGAACGUAAAUUCGUGUAUUUCGAAUCCAGAUAAAUCGAGUUCACUGUGUUCGAAUCCAAAUAAAUCGAGUUCAGUUUGUUCGAAUCCGGAUAAAUCGAGUUCAGUUUCUUCAAAUCCGAAUAAAUCUUGUUCGGUUUGUUCGAAUACGAAUAAGUCGAGUUCGGUGUGUUCGAAUACGAAUAAAACGAGUUCAGCUUGCUCGAAUACGAAUAAAACGAGUUCAACUUGCUCGAAUACGAAUAAAACGAAUUCAGCUUGCUCCAAUCCGAACAAAACGAAUUCAGCUUGCUCCAAUCCGAAGAAUUGCCAAACUAUGAAUACAUCGACAAGCAACACCAUUCUUACCGCCAAAACAGCGUCUAUAUCAGCCCAAAUUACAUCGCAUCCAAGGUUUGAUAGAAAAACCCUAAGAGAAGUUGGAUUAUCUGGCUGUUCCAAGAUCUGUAGAUCGCGAAGUCGGAUAACGGGAGAUUCAGAUACAGAAUGCAGAUCAGGACCGAAUACUAUAGAAAUUACUAAGACUCCAUCUGAGCAAAUGUGCACAACGAAACAUCAUUUAGCCAAUUCUCGACCCUGUACCAGGUACAUAGCAAUAAGAACCUCUUGUUGUUCUAUGUGCUGCGUAGAUGAUGACAGGCGGUGAUGAAUAAAGACGUUUAAACUACACUCUAAGCACAUUAUCUUAAAGUCCAAAAUGAUUUGCUGAUAACAGUUUAGUGAAAAAUUUUAUAAUUCUGCAAAUUAUUUUGCAUAGAUGUUACUGGAGCUUGACGUGCGCAUAGAAUGUUAUAAGUUAGGUGAUAAUAUUAUACUUAAUUUUGUAGUGUAUUUGUUCCUUGUUAUUUAAUUUAUUAGUACUU